UCCGCAGGACUCUUCUCUGAUUUCUCUCUCGCGUUUCUGCGUGAGAUUGGAUUCUUGGGAGUGUUAGAGCGCAGAAAUUCUCUUUUCUCUUUUACCUUUUUCUUUAUUAAUUUCAAGAAGCUUCUGCAAUGGCGCCGUUCUGGGAAACGAUUUCGAGGUGCUGGAAGCCAUUGAAGAAGAAGUACACCCGCGUGAGGAGGGAAGAAGGCAGUACGAAUAAUCUUGGCAGGGAAGACGACGAGCUCCUCUGGUUCAGAGACAUCGGGAAACACAGUUCCGGCGACUUCUCCUUCGCCGUCGUUCAAGCCAACCCUGUCCUCGAGGACUACAGCCAGGUCGACACCGGACCCCAGUCCACCUUCGUCGGAAUCUAUGACGGCCACGGCGGCCCUGAAGCCGCCGCUUUCAUCUGCAACAACCUUCUCAAGAAUCUUUCCAGGAUAGCCAUAGAAGAAGGGAGAAUGUCCGAUGAGGUGCUGAGAAACGCCAUAGCCGAGACAGAAAACGGGUUCUUGAGGGUUGUGGAAGGCGAAUUCGAGAAGGCGCCGUUGAUUGCAAUCAAGGGCUCUUGCUGUUUGGUGGGGCUCAUUUGGAAAGGGACGUUACUCGUUGCCAAUCUUGGAGAUUCAAGGGCUGUUCUUGGAGUUCUUAACAGGCCCAACAAUGGAAUCUCUGCUGACCAAUUGACCAGUGAGCACAAUGCCUGUUCUCCAGUUGUUAGGGAAGAGCUCAGAUCUCGCCAUCCCGGCGAUGAAAAGAUCGUCGUCUUCAAAAACCAAGCUUGGCGUGUUAAAGGAAUCAUUCAGGUGACGAGGUCCAUCGGAGAUGCAUAUCUGAAGAAGCCGGAGUUUGGGUUGGGCCCGGAGUAUCCAAGAUUUCAUGUACCGGAGGGGAUUGAUGGGCCGGUGCUGAGGUCCGACCCGAAUGUGUACACGAAACGGUUGACGCCGGAGGACAGGUUUCUGAUCAUGGCGUCGGACGGGCUGUGGGAGCAUUUGACCAGUCAACGGGCAGUGGAGAUGGUGCAUAUGAACCCGAGGCCGGGAAUUGCCCGGAGGCUAGUCAGGGCGGCGUUGACCGAGGCGGCUGCGAAGGCCGGGAUGACCUAUGACGCGAUCAAGGCGUUGGGGCGUGGGGCGAGGAGGAGGUACCACGAUGACAUUACGGUGGUCGUUGUUUUCAUAGAUCAAAUCCAGGGCGCCGGCGCCGGCGGGAGGGUUGUUUCCGUCAAGGGGUUCUCCCUGAGCGACGGCCCAUCUGACCUCAACGACGUAUUUCUGCUGGCCGGCGGCGAUGAUCCCGCUGGGCCCUCCUCCUCCUCCCGCGGCGACGAUGCAGCUGGGCCCUCCUCCUCCUCCCGCGGCGAAUCUUCUGAAUCUAAGCCUCUGAUAGUGGACCCCAAGUCUGGCGGCGACGAUGAUGACGCGGUGGCCAGAAAGGGCAAGGCGGCGGCUACAUGCUGAAAAGGCGCGAAUUCUUUCGACCCAGAAGUUUUUAGAAAAAAUGACGCAGUAGAAGCAAAAAAAACAUUCUUUCGUUUUUUACACUGACUUACAGUUAAAAAAAAAUAGUGAGGUUCUUUUAGAAGUUCAAAAAAAAAAUAGGCAUUCUUUGGUUCUUUUAGAAGUUAAAAAAAAAAGAGGCAUUCUCUGGUUCUUUUGGUACAAAAAAAGAGGUGAGAUUCUG